AUGAAGUGUAUCUUACUAUUAUCAGCAGUCCUGGUUUCGACCUGGGCUUACUCCCCCGAAAUUAAAUACAUCGUCGGAGGAAAAUCCGGCACUGGCAAAACCACCCGUUACUGGGAUUGCUGCAAGCCAUCGUGCUCAUGGAAAGAAAACAUCAGAACCCCGUCUAAGGUCCCAGUAGCAUCUUGCGCCAAAGAUGGAGUAUCAAUCCUUAACCCCAGCGAAAAAUCUGGUUGCGAAGACAACGGUAAAUCUUACAUGUGCAACAACCAACAACCAUUCCAAGUCAACGCCACUUUGGGUUACGGAUUCGCCGCCGCCUCCUUCACCGGUGGUACCGACACCAGCUGGUGCUGCGCUUGCUUCAAACUGGACUUCACCGAUCAGCUCGUAGGAAAGAGUUUAAUCUUGCAGGUAACCAACACCGGUGGUGACUUGGGCGCCAACCAAUUCGAUAUUGCUCUGCCCGGUGGUGGUAUUGGAAUCUUCAACAAGGGUUGCCACUUCCAAUGGAACGCACCUUGGACCGGCUGGGGUGACCAGUACGGAGGAGUCCACUCCAGGAACGACUGCCUGACCCUUUUGCCCAAGCAACUCCAGAAAGGUUGUCUCUUCAGAUUCGAUUUCAUGAAGAACGCCAACAACCCGAACAUGAGAUUCCAACAAGUCGAAUGUCCCGCCGAAAUUGUCAGAAUCAGCAAAUGCAGUUUACCCGUCAGGGAAGAUUAA